AUGGAACCGCAGAGAGUCGUGGAACAGUUCGAAGUCAUCGAACGUCAUGUAACGGAAGGACGGCGACCCUUGUCAUCCAAAGGUAAUCCUUUUAGGCGACCAGAAAGGGGUGCCACUCUUUCAGUUGAUCUCGAUUGCAACAACAUGAUUGCUGUUACAAAUAAACACAUGUGACGUCAGAGUUACAAUAAAGGCUUAAAUGUGAUUUCAGAAGCCAUUAACUACGUCCCAACAACAGAAGUACACACAACAGGUGACACUUUUAUCUUGAAUGGUCCAGAAGCAGAUCGAGUAUUUCGAGAUGAGGCUGAGAAAAGGUAAAUAACACAAUUUCAGCAAAAUAAGUAAACACCCACUCAAGGCCACCUUUUUGAGCAAGAUCUUGAUAAAUAUAGUAAUUCUGCUUUUGCUUAUUUCAUUUUUUCGAUUUGGCGUGUAGUAAAUGACAAACCAACAGUGUAAAGUAUAUAUAAAAUAGAAUUUUAAAAAUAAAAAGGAUCGUGCAGGAAAAUAAUAAAAACCAAUGUUUUGCCGGACCGGGUCCGGUCCGGAUUUUCAAAAAUUGCAAAAUUGAAAACAACCUUUGAGCUUAUAAUUUGAAGUUUUAAAAAAUAAAUAACUUUUGUGAAGGUCCGUCUCAUACAAGUUCCUCGCUAAACAUUUGGACCGGCCGGACCGAAUCGGUCUUGCCGGUCCGGGUGAUCCAUUUCGUUAAUAACUUGAUAACCAAAGACGGACCUUCACAAAAGUUAUUUAUUUUUUAAAAUUUCAAAUCAUAAGCUAAAAAGUUAUUUUCAAUUUUGCAAUUUGUGAAAAUCCGGACCGGUCCGGUCCGGCAAAACACUGAUAAAAACUAUCAGCAACUCCAAAAUGACAUAAUUUCAGGUAUCAAACGACAGGCGAACGCGACACCAGUAGAAACGCCUCAUUUUUCGACAGAGGUGAGUGAUCCUCUAAAAUAUUAUACAAUCUUUAGGUGGCUCGUAUCCAGAACAAAUAUUAGCACCAGAAAACAUAAACCAGUUUGGAUACGAUGAGCACGUUGUACGAACAUCUGAUGGGGGCGCCAGAAUCGUGGAAAGUCACGGUGAUGGCAGAAUGCUCUCAAGUCCGUCGCGCCUCAACUCCAGCUCAUUGGUGUUCCAGGACAGAAGCUUGGACACGUCGGGCCGACCUGUCGAAAUGCUGGACCCGAGCUCCUUCCAGACCAGCAGUCCGCGCACUCACAACCAAACCAUGAAUGCGCCCCAAUCAAUUCUGAAGACCUCCGAUUCACGCCAUUUCUCAUCGUUUGAAGACAAGUAAGGGCAUGGGCAAACAUACCGAGGGCGCAAGGGUAAACGUAUACAUUUCCUCAGUAAAAUACCACAGGCAUACAUGUUAUUUGAUCGGAACAUGAUGCCCACUAACAAUGAGACCACUUUUAGUUCGUUGACCAGAAAAGACAGCUACAAGCGGAUGCAAGAGAGCCAGGCUGACAAUAUGUCAUUCGCUGUGAGUUUACUUUGCCAAAACAUUUUGUAUUCAGUUGUUUACAAAAGGAGAUUGCUUUAUCUAAAUUACUUUUCAGCCUUCUUCUGACGCUACUAUGAUCAGCAGGAACUCCAAACAGAAAGGGUGGGGUAAUCGUGGCCGUCGCGGUAUCGGUUCUCAACUUCAAACCUAUAUCAGCGACCUUUCCAAUGAUGUACGGUAAGUGCCAUCUGGAUCUGUUUUAUCUUUAAUUACUCAACUUUUCAAGUAUUGCGGACAAUUUUGGCACUACUGUACUGAGUUUAUAUCGUUUUGGCCAAAAAUAUACACCCUUUCUAAAUUACAGACACGGUGCGCUGACUCCGGCCAUGAUUUGUGGCCUUCUACUGAUCGUCCUGUUCUUGUUGUUCCUCAUCAUCCUGUUCAUUAUCUUCCUCCGCUCAGCCUUCUCCCCCUAUUCCGUCCACUCGUUCCUUCUGUUCCCUCCACGUUGUGAGGAAUGUAUCAGAAAGAACCCUGCCUUAAGUUCCUACCAAGCUCCGAGCAGAGUCUUUGUCCACGUCCAAAGUCCAUCCAGAAUCGACUUCGAAAUGGACGGUAACAGGCCCUUUAAGAGCAACUCGUUUACUGCCAUAGAUUUUAGCACGGUAUGUCGCAAGUUUGUGUCUAUUAAGAAACAAAGUUUUACAAGUAAUUAUUGUGAGUUUAGGGCUACAUUGCGUACGCCGACCACUCCCUGACCAAUGAUCACGGAAAACAUACGACGUGCUUCCUGAUGGAGCUGGACAGGAAUGUGCUGCCAUCUCAUGCAGUUCUGCUGGAUGCCAUUUCAAACACUCCACACGAAGUGAAGACCGACUUCGGAUGGCAAGAGUACUGGCAGUACGUUACUCAGCCAAUCGAUGCCAACCAAGCCAUGAGUCACUUCCACGGUACUGUAGACGACUGUGCUAGUGCUCAAUGGUACCUGCUCAAGCACACCGUUCAUCCACGAGGUAAGAAGCGCGAUAAAACUGUGAUAUUACUUCUCAUAUAAAAAUGAUGACAAAACUUUCUAGAUGAAUCCUGUUACGACUGCUACGACUUUUGUCUACCAGACUAUGCCAUCCAACGUACUCACAAGUACGAAGACGAAGCUACUCUCGGGAUCCGACAUCUCAACUGCUUCAGACAUUACGUACCCGAGUGGAGUAAGUACCGAGUUCAGAUCGACGAAGAAGGAGGACAUUGGAAUUAUCCAAGGAAACAGAUCAAUACUCAACGCGACGAACGAGGAGAAUGGGUCAACUGGACCCCUGUGAGUAUAGUCGGACAGCCCGAUCGAUUCAGGAACCGAGUACGGUAA